GCUCCUUCCAGCUGACGGUCCUCCGGACGAGACCUCCAGCUGACGUGGAGCCAUGGCGCCCAAAGGCAGCAGCAAACAGCAGUCCGAGGAGGAUUUACUGCUGCAGGACUUCAGCAGGAACGUGUCGGCCAAGUCAUCGGCGCUCUUCUACGGGAACGCGUUCAUCGUGUCGGCCAUUCCCAUCUGGCUCUAUUGGAGGAUCUGGCAUAUGGACCUUGUCCAAUCUGCAGUUCUAUACUGUGUUAUGACCCUUGUCAGCACCUACCUUGUGGCAUUUGCGUACAAAAAUGUGAAGUUUGUCCUGAAACACAAGGUGGCACAGAAGAGGGAAGAUGCUGUUUCCAAGGAAGUCACCCGGAAACUCUCGGAGGCUGACAACAGGAAGAUGUCUCGCAAAGAGAAGGAUGAGAGAAUUCUGUGGAAGAAGAAUGAGGUUGCUGACUACGAAGCUACAACCUUUUCAAUCUUUUACAACAACACCUUAUUUCUGGUUAUAGUGAUCAUUGCUUCAUUCUUCAUACUGAAGAAUUUCAAUCCAACGGUGAACUACAUCCUGUCCAUCUGUGUUUCAUCUGGGGUUAUUGCUUUACUUUCCACUGGCUCAAAGUGAUUAACAUUGGCUUCGUGAGCUGAUGUUAAGAUUUGAAUGAUCUUGCGUUCUUGAGGAUGAGGUCAUUUAGAUCUUCACAAUCUACAGAAUUAAGAGCCCAGACCACAGUAUUGGCCACUUAACUGAGAUAACAAGAGUUCUAUGAACUGCAUUUUUUUAAUUUCAUGUUAUCGGAUGUGGAUAUACUGUAAUAAAAAUGCAUUUUGCAACAAA